AUGUCUUCCAAGCGACCAGCCUCUCCGUAUGGGGAAGCAGAUGGAGAGGUAGCCAUGGUGACAAGCAGACCGAAAGUGGGAGAAGAGGAGAGUGACGGGCUCCCAGCCUUUCACCUUCCCUUGCAUGAAGUUGAUGGCAAUAAAGUUAUGUCUUCAUUUGCCCCACACAACUCAUCUACCUCACCUCAGAAGGCAGAAGAAGGUGGGAGGCAGAGUGGUGAGUCCUUGUCGAGCACGGCCCUGGGAACUCCUGAACGGCGCAAAGGCAGCUUAGCUGACGUUGUUGACACCUUGAAGCAGAGGAAAAUGGAAGAGCUCAUCAAAAAUGAGCCAGAAGAAACCCCAAGUAUUGAAAAGCUACUCUCAAAGGACUGGAAAGACAAACUUCUUGCAAUGGGAUCAGGGAACUUUGGUGAAAUAAAAGGGACUCCUGAAAGCCUAGCUGAGAAAGAGAGGCAGCUCAUGGGUAUGAUCAAUCAACUGACCAGUCUGCGAGAGCAGCUAUUGGCUGCCCACGACGAGCAGAAGAAACUGGCUGCAUCUCAGAUUGAGAAACAGCGCCAGCAAAUGGAGCUGGCCAAACAGCAGCAAGAACAGAUUGCGAGACAACAGCAGCAGCUCCUGCAGCAACAACACAAAAUCAAUUUGCUUCAGCAACAGAUCCAGGUUCAAGGUCAACUGCCGCCAUUAAUGAUUCCCGUGUUCCCUCCUGAUCAACGGACGCUGGCUGCAGCUGCCCAGCAAGGAUUCCUUCUUCCUCCAGGCUUCAGCUAUAAGGCUGGAUGUAGUGACCCUUACCCUGUUCAGCUGAUCCCAACUACCAUGGCAGCUGCGGCCGCAGCAGCACCAGGCUUAGGCCCGCUUCAACUGCAGCAGUUAUAUGCUGCCCAGCUAGCUGCAAUGCAGGUAUCUCCAGGAGGGAAGCUCCCAGGCAUCCCCCAAAGCAACCUCGGUGCUGCUGUAUCUCCUACCAGCAUUCACACAGACAAGAGCACAAACAGCCCACCACCCAAAAGCAAGGAUGAAGUGGCACAGCCACUGAACCUAUCAGCUAAACCCAAGACCUCUGAUGGCAAAUCACCCACAUCACCCACCUCUCCCCAUAUGCCAGCUCUGAGAAUAAACAGUGGGGCAGGCCCCCUCAAAGCCUCUGUCCCAGCAGCAUUAGCUAGUCCUUCAGCCAGAGUUAGCACAAUAGGUUAUUUAAAUGACCACGAUGCUGUCACCAAGGCAAUCCAAGAGGCUCGGCAGAUGAAGGAGCAGCUUCGGCGGGAGCAACAGGUGCUUGAUGGGAAAGUGGCUGUUGUGAAUAGUCUAGGUCUCAAUAACUGCCGCACAGAAAAGGAAAAAACAACACUGGAGAGUCUGACUCAGCAACUGGCAGUUAAACAGAAUGAAGAAGGAAAAUUUAGCCAUGCCAUGAUGGAUUUCAAUAUGAGUGGAGAUUCUGAUGGAAGUGCUGGAGUAUCGGAAUCAAGAAUUUAUAGAGAAUCCAGAGGGCGUGGUAGCAAUGAACCCCACAUAAAGCGUCCAAUGAAUGCCUUCAUGGUGUGGGCUAAAGAUGAACGAAGGAAAAUCCUUCAAGCCUUUCCUGACAUGCACAACUCCAACAUCAGCAAGAUAUUGGGAUCUCGCUGGAAAGCUAUGACAAACCUAGAGAAACAGCCAUAUUAUGAGGAGCAAGCCCGUCUCAGCAAGCAGCACCUGGAGAAGUACCCUGACUACAAAUACAAGCCCAGGCCGAAGCGCACCUGCCUCGUGGACGGCAAAAAGCUGCGCAUCGGUGAAUACAAAGCAAUCAUGCGGAACAGGCGGCAGGAGAUGCGGCAAUACUUCAAUGUCGGGCAACAAGCACAGAUCCCCAUCGCCACUGCUGGUGUGGUAUACCCUGGAGCCAUCGCCAUGGCUGGAAUGCCCUCCCCUCACCUGCCCUCGGAGCACUCAAGCGUGUCUAGCAGCCCUGAGCCUGGGAUGCCCGUUAUCCAGAGCACUUACGGCGUCAAAGGAGAGGAGCCACAUAUCAAAGAAGAGAUACAGGCUGAGGACAUCAACGGAGAAAUUUAUGAUGAGUUCGAUGAGGAAGAAGAUGAUCCAGAUGUAGAUUAUGGGAGUGACAGUGAAAACCAUAUUGCAGGACAAGCCAACUGAUAAGGGUCAAAAAAUGGUUGUGACCUUAGGACUUAAAGAAGCCCUAGCUGGUUCAUCCUUACCAGUGGCCAAGCACAUUAACUUUCUCAUACACUGACUGUUACCUUAACUGUUAGUCUUAAAUAGUUGGGACAUCAGCUGACUAAUAGACCUCAGCCUCAAAAGGCUUGGAAAGGAAAAAAAAUACAAGCAAACAACAAUAUCAACAACAAGAGAUUGAAAUAAGCUAUGGGUAAAAUAAUGCCAGUAAUUCAGCUGCUACAUCCAAGCACUGAAGUCUUACCCGUCAACUUUUUUUUUUUUUUU